AUGGGUAAUUCGAACAGUCUCCCGGAGAUUCCUGGCGGUGGGUACGACGGAUAUCAUGUCCUUCGAGUCCAGGAAAACUCCCCCGGACACAAGGCAGGCCUAGAGCCCUUUUUUGACUUCAUAAUUUGCAUCGGCAACAUUCGACUUGAUCGUGACGAUGAUCGGCUCAAAGAAAUGCUCAAGCAAAAUGUCGAGAAGCCGAUUCAACUUCUUGUCUCUAGCAGUAAAACCUUGACUGUUCGAGAACUGACCCUGACACCUUCAGGGAUUUGGGGAGGACAAGGAUUGCUCGGUGUUUCCAUUAGAUUUUGCAGUUUUGAAGGUGCUAAUGAAAAUGUUUGGCAUGUUUUGGAAGUUGAAUCAAACUCACCUGCUUACCUCGCUGGUCUGCGGCCCUUCACAGACUACGUUAUUGGCGCAGACUCGAUUCUUUCCGAGCAAGAAGAUCUCUUCACGCUGAUCGAAUCAAAUGAAGGAAAACCGUUGAAACUUUACGUCUACAACUCAGAAACCGACGCCAGCCGCGAAGUGAUUCUUACUCCUAACUCUGGCUGGGGAGGCGAUGGAUCCAUCGGAUGUGGUAUCGGAUACGGAUAUCUUCAUAGAAUUCCAGUUGAAGAAAUCGCCGCUGCAAAUCAAGCUCCAAAGCCCACACCAUCUGUCGCUGUUCCCGCGGCCACUACUGUUGGUUUGACACCAACAGCAGCUUCGCCAGCGAUUCCAGCAGUUCCAGUUGCCUCGGCUGUUCCAUCCGCGACGACUUCUGUUCCUGGUGGAGCUGUUCCUGCUAUUCCUACUCUCGGAGGCCUUCCCUCGACUGGAGCACCAGCAGUCUCCGCUGUUGGCUUGCCAACAAUUCCAACUCUCGCCACCCCAACCCUUCCAACUCUUGGAGCUGUUCCCACCCUUGGCGGACUUCCUACGGCCUCUGCUGCAGCUCCGCAACUCUCUACUGGAUUGCCCACUGCUUCUACAAGCACUGGUCUUCCCCCGAUCUCCGUCCCAACCUUGCCUCCUCUCUCACUUCCGUCUCUCAACUUGCCCACUUUGAAUACAGCAAACUCGACUGCACCCAGUUUGACCUUGCCGUCAACUUCCUUCAGCUCAACGUUGCCUCCAUUGAGCCUUCCCUCGUUGAACCUCCCCACACUCAAUCUGCCAAGUUUGACAACAACUGCUCCAAUCACUACUCCAGAUUUGAGCAAGCUCAACUUGAACAUACCAAGCUUGAACCCAACCCCACAGGCUGAGUAA